CCUCCCUUGCCGCCUCCGCCUGCCCCUCCCCCGUAGCGAGCGGCGGCUAUAAAACCUUCCCCUGCGCUCCCAGUCGCGAAGCUCUACUCAACUUCUCCUUUUCCACCGGCGAUUAUUCCGGCCACUCGCCUUCGUUGCGUGCGCCUCGAGAACCCGGUUCUAGAAUCGGCGGCGGGCGGCUAAAGGAGAGGGUGCUAAAUUUUCGAUAGAAGGACGAGCACGACUUCUUAAUUUUUUUUUGGGGGGUGGCGGUUGAUGUUGAAGAGGAUUGCGCUGGCGAGAAUCCAUUUUUAGGGCGGUGCCGGCGCGACCGUUCCGGGAUCGGGAGCUUUAUCUGGAGGCGAGAGGGGUCAGGGCAGCGGCGACGAUCGACCAACCCAACCCACCAGUUCCCGCGUCGAGGAAGAAGAAGGGAUAGGAGACGGAGCCGGUGGUGGUCGCAAGGAUGGCCGGGAGCAUGCAGGCGGCGGACGCGGCGGGCCGGCUAAGCGCGCUGCUGUCGCUGCUCGCGCUGCGCCGGCUCCUCGCCGUGCUCCAGCCGCUGGCCCUGCUCCUGCUCCUGCCCUUCAGGUGGCGCCCAAGGCCGGGGGCCGUGCCCACGGCCGUGGCGUCCGAUGCCGCGCCCUCCGCGUCGUCGGGGGCUAGCGGGAAGAAGGGGAAGGCGUCGUCGUCGGUGGUUCUAAGGGUGCCGGCCGGCUCGCCCAUGGUCGCCGCGCGGAGGCAGGCGUCCGCAAGGAGGGAGAUAGCCAUGCGCCGGGCGCGGGAGGCCGGGCGGGAGUACGAGCUCAUCCCCACCGCUCGCGGCGAGACGCUCUUCACGCAGUGCUGGUGGCCGCACCCGCCUUCCUCCACCGUUAAACCAAGGGCGCUGGUUGUUGUCAUGCACGGGCUAAACGAGCACAGUGGGAGGUAUGAUCAUUUAGCGAGGCGAUUGAAUGACAUCGGCAUCAAGGUGUACGGAAUGGACUGGACUGGUCAUGGUGGAAGUGAUGGUCUCCAUGGAUAUGUGCAAUCUCUUGAUUAUGCUGUCAAUGAUUUGAAAAUGUACCUCAAGAAAGUAUUAGCCGAGAACCCUGGUCUUCCAUGCUUCUGCUUCGGCCAUUCGACUGGUGGAGGUAUCAUUCUGAAGGCUGCGCUUGAUCCAGAGGUAAAAACUCUCAUUAGCGGUAUUGUCCUGACAUCACCAGCUGUCCGUGUUCAGCCUGCCCACCCAGUCAUAGCGGUCAUGGCACCGAUUUUCGCCCUCAUCGCACCGAGGUAUCAGUUCACGGCGUCGCACAGGAACGGCCCACCGGUGUCGCGCGACCCGGAGGCCCUGCGUGCCAAAUACACGGACCAGCUGGUGUUCACGGGCGCCAUCCGCGUGAGGACGGGCUACGAGAUCCUCCGCCUGACGUCGUACCUGCAGCAGCACCUGCACCGCAUCGACGUCCCGCUGCUGGUGAUGCACGGCGCCGACGACCUGGUGACCGACCCCAAGGGCUCGCGGGCGCUGUACGAGCAGGCCUCCUCCGCGGACAAGUCCCUCAAGCUCUACGACGGGCUGCUGCACGACCUCCUGAUCGAGCCCGAGAAGGACAAGGUGAUGGACGACAUCGUGGCGUGGCUGAGCCCCAAGGUCUAACGCCGGCAUGCAGAUGCCCGUAGGACGCGCGCGCGGGCUUCGAUCGUCUGCUGAGCGCGGAGGACCUGCAGGCGGAAGACGUACGCCUCGCCUCCGGACGGUGAUGACGCGGGUCUGGUCGGCCGCGGAGCAAGGGAGAGCGGGUGUGCCUCCUCGCCCCCUUGCCGUGGUGAUUAUCCGAGAGCAGGACUACAGGAGUACGGCAUACUACUACUACCUACGCUACGGCGAUGGCUUUACUCGUGCCUCCCAUUGUAUCCCGAUAAUUUUUGUCAGGGGUACUUACGAAUUAUGUAAAACAUGCUCGUUUCGCCCUGUACGUGUGGCUGCACGAGCGGUGUCCGAUACUGUAGAAGACGCCCGCCCUCUUGUGAAUUGUGAAUGCAUUAACGCAAUUCCAUAUCAGAGUUGCAAGUUGCAACA